AUGGCUAUAUCUCGCUUAACUCGACUUGUUACUCAAUCUAAAAACAUAUCCAGAUAUGAACAAAUUAUCGUGCAAAAGAGGACAGCAACAACAACUCCAAGCGGUGCUAUCCUUCCAGAACCCGAGAAAACACCUUUUGGCCUUCUAGGUGUAGUUUGUGCUGUGGUACCUGGUUUACUAAUCGGAGCCGCGAUAAGUAAGAAUAUAGCAAACUUUUUGGAAGAGAACGAAUUGUUCGUCCCGUCGGACGAUGACGAUGAUGAUGACUAA